AUGACAACCUCUGUUACUGCCUCGUCUAUGAGCAACUUCACCACUGCGAAUGUCCCCCCAACACUCAGUCUUACUCCCAAGGAGAAGCAAUUGAGGGAUCUUUUGGUUGACGUUGCUGCCUUUAUCGAUGGAGUCGGUCGUUCACCUGAGCCUCUUGUCCUUCGAUGGGCUGGAGGCUGGGUUCGUGAUAAACUCCUUGGCAUAGAGUCUCACGAUAUUGAUACCGCCAUCAAUGCCAUGACCGGCUAUGCCUUUAGUCUGGAGCUGCGCGACUACUGUGCUCUAGAGGAGCAUACAAAGAAGCACAACAUUGGUCCCGAUGAUAUGGGCAGCCUCCACAGGAUUGCUGCGAAUCCCGAUAAGUCGAAACAUCUCGAGACAGCGACUACCCGUAUGUUUGGUCUGGACGUUGACUUUGUUAAUUUACGCAAGGAGACGUACACUCAGGACAGUCGCAACCCUACAAUGGAGUUCGGCACUGCCGAGGAAGAUGCUCUACGCCGCGAUGCCACCAUUAACGCCCUCUUUUACAAUUUGCACACCGGCCUGGUCGAAGAUCUGACCGGAGGACUCACAGACAUGAAGUCUCGCCUGAUCCGCACACCCAUGGAGCCUUUCCAAACCUUUACAGACGAUCCUCUCAGAGUCCUGAGGUUGCUACGCUUCGCCAGUCGUCUUGACUUUUCGAUCGACCCUGCUGCCACUGCAGUCAUGGCCGACCCCCAAGUUUUAGACGCUCUAAAGCUUAAAAUCAGCCGUGAGAGGGUUGGUGUCGAGAUGGAAAAGAUGCUGAAGGACCUGGUUCGAACUCUCAACCUGUACGAGGCCAUCUUCACGGAUUCCAGUGACAGCGGUCACCCGUCACCAGAUCUCUCCAAGUGGAAACUGGCCUACGAUCUCCUUGAUAGGCUCGCUCAUGACAAGGUCCCGAAAUUAAUCUAUGACGUUCUCGUCACAUCCGACGAAGCUGCAUACUUUGCUUGGAAUUUGGCUGCAGUUAUCCCAUACUCCCACAUAACCGAGGAAGUACCAUUACCAAAGGCCCGGGGAACUGUGCCUCUGACUACGUUGGUUGCCCGAGAAGGUAUCAAGGCCCCCAACAAGCUUUGCGAUGUUAUUACUGCAGCAUAUCGGCACCGCGCCGAGAUCCUUAGUCUGAAGCGAAACUUUGGUGCCGGGAAAUCUAGGGCUAUCGAAAGGGGCACCGUUGGUAUGGCGAUUCGCAAAUGGGACAGCCAUGGAGGCCACUGGCGAGUCCAGGUACUCUAUACCUUACUUGUCGAGGCCAUUGAAAAGUUGCCACCUGAUUCAACUACUGACAGAGCAGAGUUUCUCUCGGGAUGGCAGAAGUUCCUGGAUCACCUCGCUGAUUUGGACGUCAUGGACGCACCUUCGCUGACCCGCCUGGUGGACGGCCGAUUGCUGGGAAAAGAACUCGGUGUCCGGCCCGGCAAGUGGAUGGGCCAGGCCUUGGAUAUUUGUGUCGCUUGGCAACUUCGUCACCCAGACGAGACCGAGCCGGCAGGGGCCAUUGAAGAGGUGCGACGGCGAGCAGUUGAGCUGGGGAUCAAGGGGCUUCCCACAUGA